ACAGACUCCCGGGGCUGUCUCCCUGCUCAGCCAUGGCGACCGCGGCAAGGACGCUGCUCGCCUCCGUGAUCAACAGCACCAGGACAGGGGCUCUGACGGCGGCUGGAGUCGGGGCAGGGAGCGGCUUCCCGGGGCUGGGGAUCGGCAGGCACCGGCAGAGGACGGUAUGCCCGAGGUUAUCUGCGUGGCAUAGCCACCGGGUGAUGUACUGCUCCAGUACGGUUGUGCCCUCUAAUGAUGUGAAUGUUAUUUACCAGAAUGGGUUACCCGUGGUUUCUGUCAGCCUUCCAUCGCGACAGGAGCGUUGCCAGUUCACCCUCAAGCCAAUGUCCGACUCUGUGGGAGUUUUCCUUAAGCAACUGCAGGCAGAGGAUAAAGGGAUCGACAGGGUCGCCAUCUACUCCCCAGAUGGAAAUCGAAUAGCUGCAUCAACAGCAAUUGAUAUUCUACUUCUAGAUGAUUUCAAAUUAUUGAUCAACGAUACAACGUACUAUGUCCAGCCACCAAAGAGAGAAAAUCUGAGUCAUGAAGAUGCACAAACUAUGAAUGACAUUAAAGUCCUUGUACAGCAACUGUUUACCACCUUACGAAUUGAGGAGCACCAGCUGCUGAAAGAGAAGGAGCUGAACGGUCGGUUGGAAGAGCUCAAAGCUCAGAUUGAGCCAUUUGAAAAAAUUAAGAUGGAUUUAGCAAGGAAAGCAGAGAAGAGGACUACUUGGGUCCUGUGGGGUGGCAUGGCUUACAUGGCUACCCAAUUUGGAAUUUUGGCUCGACUCACUUGGUGGGAAUAUUCCUGGGAUAUAAUGGAGCCUGUCACCUACUUCAUUACUUAUGGCAGUGCCAUGGCGAUGUAUGCGUACUUUGUGCUAACACGCCAGGAGUACAUUUACCCAGAUGCCAGAGACAGACAAUACUUACACUUCUUCCACAAAGGAGCCAAAAAGACACAAUUUGAUGUGGAGAAAUACAAUCAGCUCACGGAUGCAAUUGUUCAGGCCGAAUUGGACUUAAAGCGUCUCCGGGAUCCGCUCCAGCUCCAGCUUCCCAUCCGGGCAAUCGAUAAAUAGUGAGAAGCAAUGAGGGUGCCCCCCCCCCCACGUCAACGCUUCCGCUCCCACCUACAAAUCCAAAUGGAACGUUUGGAGACACAGAGAUUGGGGCACUUUUACCUUAUUCAAACCAAUGUGGGUUUUAAAGGUCCGAUGAAGGGAAAGGGAUUAGGAAUUAUGUCAAAGUAAGUCAGGUGCCUUGCAGACGUCAAUACAUGGACAGGAACGUUGCUGCCUUUCCAACUGACGGCAUGCCAGGCAGAACAGAUGCACGUUUCUUCUGUUUUUUUAAAAACUUUAUUUACAUGCUUUAUUUUACUGUUUUAUCCUGUGUGUGCGCAGACUUUAAGAACUGUCACCUGACAUUGGAAUUGAAGUUUAAAAAUGGUGUCAUUUAUGAAAUAUGUAUAAAAGAGCAAUGUAAUUCUGACAAUAAAUAGCUAUCCUU